AUGAAAAACAAAGCUUGUAUGUACAGAGAAUGUUCUCGAUGCAAAGAUCUACAUAUUAAAUCUGCCAUCGGAAGUGACGGUAUAAACCCAGAGACAUGCAAAGGAAAUGAACUUAUUUUACAUGUAGAUUUCUCUGAAAACUAUCAGUGUAAAUAUCAAGAAGAAAUUCAAAGUGUCCAUUUCGGGGCUUCUAAGAAGCAAAUUUCGAUACACACAGGCGUUGCAUAUGUGCAUAAUACAACACUUCCAUUUGUCACAAUAUCUGACAAUCUUAGCCAUGGUCCAGCUGCCAUUUGGGCUCACUUAGAACCGCCAAUUAAGUUUAUCAAAGAGAAGUAUCCUUUGAUCAAUAAACUACAUGUCAUAUCAGAUGGACCAACUACGCAAUAUCGCUGUAGAGCAAAUUUCUAUCUAUUUUCAACAAAACCAAAAGAACUUUAUAUCCCUGAAGGUGGUUCGUGGAACUUCAUGGAGGCAGGGCACGGAAAGGGUGCUCCUGAUGGGAUAGGAGCGGUAGUUAAAAGAGCGGCUGAUACUCUGGUAAAUACCUAUAGACGAGACAUCACAUGCUCUGCCGAUCUUAUUGAAGGACUGUUGAUGUUGAAAACAAGUGUUUCGGCUUUUGAAGUAAAAGAUGAAGACAUAACAAAUAUAGAGCGCAAGAUUCCUUCUACUAUUAUUUCUGUUCGAGAUACAAUGAAAAUCCACCAGGUUGUCAUUAAAGAUACUGGUUGUAUAGCAUCAAGACCACUGAGUUGUUUCUGUCAGGAUAAUUGUACUUGUUUUGACCCAGUAACAACAACAUUCUGUCUCCAGAACCCUGAUAAUACAGCGCAUCCACAGAACAAUGAAGAUAAUUCACCGGUACAGGAGAACAUACUUCAACUGCCAGCAUCAUUUGAUGAGUCGCUAGUUGACAGAUAUUGUGUUGUCAGUUAUGACAGUUGCCCAUAUCCUGGAAAGAUACUGGAUGUUGAUGAUACAAGUUUGGAGGUGUCUGCUAUGCACCGGAUUGGCACCAAUCGUUUUUUCUGGCCAAUGGUUCCUGAUGUUAUUUGGUAUGGCCACAACAAGAUGGUUACUAUGCUGGAGGGCGAACCAAAACUUGUUACAAGUAGACACCGUGCGAUAGACAAAAGAGUCUGGGAUGCAAUUGUGCUUAAAAUGAACUUAUAAGUCAAGAUUUCUGGAAACUAAAACUAAAAGAAAGUUGAUGUGUGAAUGACCGUUUAUAACGUUUAAAAAUUGAUGAAUUAUUUUGUUCAUGAUUUAAUAAGUUAAUAAAACAUAGUGAGU